AUGGAGGACAGUUUGAGAUCUGGUGGCCAGUCAGGGCUUGUGGUUAAGAAUAGGAAUUCUUCAGGUUGCUUAAUUGUUAGAAAGAAAACUGCGGAUGGAGUGGAAGGGGUUGGUUCGUCGAGUUCUCGGAAUGUUUCCGAGUCGAAGAAGAAGAAGAGGUUGAGGUUGGUUAUGAGUAAUUUGGGCUCAAGUGAAGAGCUCUCGCUGGCACCUAGGAGAAGGCUUGGCCCUGAAACUGUAAGGGUGUGUCGAAGAAUCACCCUCUCCACCCAGAAGAAAAUCUUGAUCACAGUCACCUGGUGCAAGACAAAUUCUAUUCAAGGCCUAAGCAUAAGCUUCGGUGAUGACCCAUCGACGGUGGCCUUCCGGCUCAACUUGAUGGAAGAAGCAAGGAAGCAAAUCGAUGGAAUCCGAAAGCGAACAGGAAAUGUGAUGGUAAUCUCCCUGAUUUGGCUAGCUUAUUUGCUGGCUGAUUGGACUGCUAACUUUGCAGUGGGACUUAUUUCCAACAGCCAAAAAUAUUCUGGGAAACCUGAUGAUCGUUCUGAUUUGAUGGCAUUUUGGGCUCCUUUUCUUUUGUUGCACCUUGGUGGUCCAGAUACCAUAACUGCGUUUGCUCUGGAGGAUAAUGCUCUCUGGCUAAGGCACCUUGUUGGGCUUGUAACCCAGGUUUCUACAGCUUUUAUUGUCUUCAAUCAAUCCCUUCCCAGAAACAAGUUAUGGAUCCCUACUCUUCUUCUGUUUGUCGCUGGAACCAUCAAGUAUUGUGAGCGAACGCGUGCCUUAUUUCUUGCAAACUUGAAUCAAUUCCGGGAAUCCAUUCUGAACCCACCUUACACAGGGCCUAACUAUGCAAAGCUCAUGGAGAUAUACACUUCCAACAAAGCCGCCAAAGUCCCAAUUCAGAUAGAAUUAAUCCCAACAACUACUAUUAAACAAUCUGAGAAGCAACGUUAUGGACUCGAUGAAGACGAACUAGAUGAGCUUAAGGUGGUCAAAUAUGCUUAUGUCUUCUUUGAAAUCUUCAAGGGUCUCAUCGUGGAUCUCAACUCUAAUCUGGACGUGCGCCAUAUGAGCCGAGAAUUUAUCCAUAAAAGAAACUCAACAGAUGCCUUUAAAGUGCUAGCAGUUGAACUCAACUUCAUGUAUGAUGUUCUUUAUACGAAGGUUGUCGUGGUGCAUUCAAAGUUUGGACACUUUGUCCGGUUUAUAUCGUUGAGUGCAGUUGUGGCAGCCCUUUCAACCUUCUAUUUAUUAGAUAAGAAGGGUUUUCACAAGAUUGAUGUUGGAAUUACAUAUACCUUGCUCUUUGGUGCCAUAAGCUUGGAUACAAUUGCUUUCUUUAUGCUGGCAUUCUCUGAUUGGACUAGUGCUUCCAUCCAGAACUCGUCGAGGGAUAGUAAAUGCACAGCCACGAUAAAGAAACUCCUCUGCAUUCUCCUUAAAAGCUUUCUCAAGAGGAGAAACUGCUGGACAGAUAGAAGAAUCCUAUUUCGGAGGUGGUCUCAAUCUCUACAUGUAUACAACUUGAUGGAUUAUUGUCUAGAAGAACGUUCAAAAAAGAAGACUUCUUGUUGUGAUUAUUUUGGCCUUGGAUUGAUUCGUGUCAUUAAUAAAUUGGGCCUUAAGGAUUUCUAUGAUCGGAUGAAACACGUUUCCAAGAAACCAUUAACAGAAAAAAUAUGGGAUUCAAUCUUUGAUCAGCUUAAAAUGAAAUCCAACUUCGCAGAUGAUCCUGACAUUGCAAAGAGGAUAUGUUCAGCUCGAGGUGAUUGGGUUCUGCAGGAUAGUGGUUGGAAUCAUGAUGAUAGUAAAAAAAUUUUGUCUUAUGUUGUUGACGUUGAUUAUGAUGAGAGCCUUAUAAUAUGGCAUAUUGCAACAGACAUCUGCUAUAGUACUAUAGCUACAAACGAGGACAGUGCGGAUGCAUUGGAACAUCGUGAAUUCUGUAACAUCCUCUCUGAUUAUAUGUUAUAUCUUCUAGUUAUGGAGCCUACCAUGAUGUCUGCUGUAGGAGGUAUUGGCCAAAUAAGAUUUCGCGAUACCUGUGCUGAGGCCAAAGACUUCUUCAAGAGAAAGGAUAUAGGGAAACGAGAACCAAAAAUAGAACAGAAACGGGCGUACUAUGAAAUGAUCCUUGAAGUAAAUACUGAUGUUAGGCCUGUUGAUUUGAAGGGUGACAAAAGCAAAUCUGUGCUGUUUGAUGCAUCUAUUCUCGCCAAAGAGCUAAGAAACUUGGAGGGGGAAAAGAGAUGGAAGCUAAUGAGUAAAGUGUGGGUUGAAUUGUUGUCUUAUGCCGCAAAUCAUUGCAAGGCCAAUACUCAUGCUGCACAGCUAAGCAAAGGAGGAGAGCUUGUCACGUUUGUCUGGUUAUUAAUGGCUCAUUUUGGCAUCCGGGAUCUAUACUACACAAAAGAGGCCCCAUCAACAAAACUGAUUGUGGGUAAGUAA